AGGGGGGAUGGGGGCAAACUUAAUUCAUGCUGACAAUGAACGACGCUCACAUUCUUACCUCCUCAGUAUCUUUCUUGUUCCUAUGACCUAUGCCACUGCAUUAUAACUUUUAACCCACAACAUGACAGACUUAUAUGCUGGCAAAGUACAGUACAGAGCGGCGCAGCCCCUCCACCCGUAACCCCGAGAUUUCGAGUCGCCAGUGUGACAUUUCCGUUUAGCGACCUCAUUCCUCCGCCAGUACGCCCUCUCUCUCUCCCUAUAACACGGUGCUUUCAAAACUUGGGGCUGAAGACCUGACACUUGUUGCAGUGACCUUGUCAGGUGAGUUCAUCGGCCCGACACGCAAAUGGUGUUUUGAAAGCAGCGCGCGGCCAGAGACAGGAACUUGUCAGAUGAGACAGCACUUCCGAUGGAUGACCAUUUUUCUUUAUCUGAUAUUGGGGAAUUAGCACCUAAAGACCCAAAUGACACUGAAAACAUCUAUCCUCCUAAACACCAAGAAUUCUCACCCCAGUCAUAUGGCACAUCGAACAAGGCUUAUAGCAAUGAAACAGGAGAGACUAUUUUCCACGAACCAAACAACAACUCGGAUGUGCUUGGACAUUUUGCAUCUGAGGAUUUUCCUGGGAGUGCAGACAUUUUAAAUGAGACCCCAAAUGAUUCAAGUUUCUGCAGCAUCAGAGAACCUAAGCAUUUGAAAGGGGAAGAGGGUCAAGAGAAUGAAGCUUAUGAUGGUGAUGAGGAAACGGAUCAAAGCUACGUUUAUGGAGAAAGCCCUUUCAGCAAAUUACCAGAUUUUAAAGGAAGAGAUCCCUUUCCUGUGCUUGAAAGGCCUGGUAGUGGAAGGUACCUUAAAAACCCUUCCUUGGAAAGGAUGAAAAGCCCCAAAACUCUGCAGCGCAUGUAUGACCCUCAGACUGGUCUGUACAUCACACCUCUACCGAUCUCAACAAAGACAGAACAGCCUUCAUCCAACAGCAAAGUGCGUAAGCGUAUACCUCGGCCUCCAAGAAAGCUCUACAUGAAUUGUGCUUAUUUUUGGUCCUGCUUAACUUGCCUUCUGGGGGCAUUCUUCUGUGCGAUACCUGCACUUCGCUACACCCUCACUGCAAAUGCAUCCAGAAAGAUUGGAGACUUCAACAGUGCUCAUUCCUACUUGAAGAAGGUGCUAAUCCUUUGCAUAGUGGCAUUAGUGGCAGCAGCAAUUGGAUGGACGCUAGUUAUUCUGUUCCUCACAGGCCACCUGCCCGCUGGGUGAAUAAGUGCCAGUCAUAUGUGGCAUUUCGGAGAAAUACAGAGACUGGACAAACUGACUCACUGCUGAUAAUGUUUGUAUAAAACUAGUAAACAUCAGAGAACUAGGACAAAGGUGAAAGUAUUCAGAGUCUUCCAAAUUCCUGAGUCAUUUUUAACUUUCUAUUUUUAAAAUAAAAUUUGUGAUUCCUAAUCAGAAACUGCAUAGACAUGCACAGAUUGCUUUUAAAGCAGAGAAAUACUCUGCACUGCUAAUACUAGCAGACACUUGUGAUGGUCACCUGGAAUAUUUGUUUAAGAGAUCCACAUAUUUUCUAGUGUGUAUUUAUAGAUGCAUGUGUGGAGGAUGGGAGGGGAACACACAUCUGCAUUUUUGUGUGAGUCUGUGAAUGUGUCUAGAUGACAACAGGGUUUACUUACUUUUACAUAGAAAAUUUUUUUUUAUUUCACUACGGCAGCUUUUGUUGGUCCAAGUGAAAUAAUUCAUACUUUUCCUGAAAUCUUAAGUUAUUGUGAGUAAUAUUUAUCUUGUGUUUGAAGUACAUAAAAAAAUAGAUCAUGUUGCUGCCUUACCUGAUGGAUAUGUUUACACCACCUAUAUUAUUCAUGAUCUUUUGCCUUAGGAAACCUUCAUUAUCUGAUAAAGUAAAUGUUCUGUCAAGGGGUUCCUAUAAUGUAGAAAUGAGAAUAUGCUGGAUCAUUACAGAAGUUGUAGUCUGCAUGAGGUAAAAUAUCUUGAUUGGUCAUCAUUAUUAGUAAAACUUUUUUUUUUGGAGGAAGAGGAGGAAGGAAUGUGUGGAGAGAGUGUGUGUGAAUGUGUACUUGUAUCUAUGCAUAGCCUCCUCUACGAUAAACCUUUGACCAUCAGCAAAUGAUCACCAACCCCUACCUUAUCUGAAUUUUCUACACAAAACUGAGAGAAAUGUAGCCAUUCUGUCAUAAAGCCUUAACACGUGUUCACUUUAUUAAAAAUAAUUCCUGCUUUAUUUUAAAUAAAAGUUAUCAAAAUA